CGGGUCAGAGGUAGCUCGAGUUCCAAGGACAUAAUAUGGCAGGGUCGUCGAAGAAGGUAUGUGAGGUGUUUGUGUCUAAAAUACCAUGGACCCUUGCAAGCAAGGAGAUGAAAGACUACUUUGGGCAGUUUGGUCAAGUCAAGAAAUGCCUUGUUCCCUUUGACAAAGAGACAGGCUUCCACAGAGGCUUCUGCUGGAUCGGCUACACGUCCGAGGAAGGCCUGAAUAAUGCUCUCCAGAAAGACCCACAUGUACUGGAGGGAUCCACGGUAUAG